GCUCGCGCAUGCGGGUCACCGGGCCCGCUCACUGCGCGGCACACACUCGUGCGCACGCACGCGCGCGCGGGCUCAUUCGCUGGAAAUGUCGUUCAGCGGCUGGUGGGCUGUGGGGCUGCUGCUGGCGGCGGCCGCCGCGCAGGAUAUCCGUAUCACCGUGGUGGAGCCGUCGCCGGUGCUGGCGCAGCAGCUGGCGGCCAGCGUGGAGGCGGCGCUGGCGGCGGAGGGCGCGGAGGGCGCGGCGCCGGUGGCGGCCGUGGAGCCGGGCGAGGCGCUGGCGGUGCCGGCGCAGGUGUGCGGCGCGGCGGGCGCCACGGCCGUGCUGGGCGGCGCGGGCGCGGGCGAGGACGCGCGGCUGGCCGGCGCGGCGGCGGCGCGCGCGGCCGUGCCGCUGCUGCUGGCGGGCGCGGGGCGCGCGGGCCGCGGCUGGGAGGCGCUGGCGCUGUACCCGCGCGAGGCGCUGGUGCUGCAGGCGGCGCGCGAGCUGGCGCUGGCCAAGGGCUGGCGGCGCGCGGCGCUGCUGCACGCGGGCGCGGCGGGCCCGGCCGCGCGGCUGGCGCCCGACGACGAGCAGCUGCAGCUGCUGGCGCGCGCCCUGCCGCCGGCGGCGCACGACGCGCUGCUGCGCGACCUGCUGCUCGUGCUCAAGAAGGCGGGCUUCGUCAACUUCGUGGUGUGCGGCUCCGAGCAGGACGCGCUGCGCGUGCUGGACGCGGCGCAGCGGGUGGGGCUGCUGGCGGAGCGCCACGCCUACAUCCUGCUGUCGCUGGAGCUGCACACGCAGCCGCUCGAGGAGUACAGCCACGGCGGCGCCAACAUCACCGGAUUCAUGUUGUUCGACCCGGAAGCGGAGAGCACGAAAGAAGCGACCGCGGCGUGGAGGACGGCGUACGCGGCGCGGCUGGCGCAGGCGGGCGCGGCGGAGGAGGCGGGGGCGGGGGCGGGAGAGCUGCUGCCGGGCACGCCGCUGUUGCUGGCGUACGACGCGGCGCGGGCCGUGGUCCGCGCGCUGCAGCACCUGCAGCUGCCCGACAUGCCGGCCGGGGACUGCGGCGAGGGCGCGGGCGCCUUCCACGCCGACACGCUGCUCAAUUACCUGCGCUCGGAGGAGGCGCCGGGCGUGACGGGGCUGCUGGCGUGGGAGGCGGAGGGCGCGCGGCGCGGCGUGGCGCUGACCGUGGUGGAGCUGGAGCGCGGCGGCGCGCUGCGGCCGGAGGGCCGCUGGUCGCCGCGCGCCGGCCUCACGUGGCAGCGCCGCCCGCAGCCGGCGCCGCCCCUGCCCAGCGACACCAUGACUAACCGCACCUUCAACGUGCUCAUCGCGAUGAAUAAACCGUAUGUGAUGAGGCGGGAAUCUACGGAACGACUAUCCGGGAACGAUCGUUAUGAAGGGUUCUGCAUCGAACUGAUCGAUCGGUUGUCGAAGAUACUCAACUUCAACUACACGUUCAUAGAACAAGAGGACAAGCAGUACGGCUCGUACAACAAGGCCACCGGCCAGUGGAACGGCAUGCUGCGGCGGCUCAUGGACGACGACAACAUGCACUUCGCGAUAACUGACCUGACCAUCACGGAGGAGCGCGAGAAGGCGGUGGACUUCACGACGCCCUUCAUGAACCUCGGCAUCGGCAUCCUGUUCCGCCGGCCCAAGCCGCCCGAGCCCAAGCUGUUCGCCUUCCUUCUGCCCUUCUCCAGCGGGGUGUGGCUGUGCCUGGGGCUGGCGUACAUGGGCACGUCGCUGCUGCUGUACGCGGUAGGGCGGCUGUGCCCCGAGGAGUGGCAGAACCCGUACCCGUGCAUCGAGGAGCCGCCGGCGCUGGAGAACCAGUUCACGCUCGGCAAUGCGCUCUGGUUCAACCUCGGCGCCGUACUGCUGCAGGGCUCCGAGAUAGCGCCCGUUGCGUAUGGAACGCGCGCGGUGGCGAGCGUGUGGUGGCUGUUCGCGCUGGUGAUCACGAGCUCAUACACGGCCAACCUGGCGUCGCUGCUGGCCAAGAAGACGUCGGACGAGGUGAUCACCAACGUGCGCGACCUGGCCCACAACAGCCUCGGCAUCAAGUACGGCGCCAAGGCCGGCGGAUCCACAUACACAUUCUUUGAGCACUCGCAGAGCGACCUGUUCAAGGAGAUGUUCUCGCACAUGCAGACGCAGAAGAUGCCGCAGAGCAACGACGACGGCAUCAAGAAGGUGAUGACGGAGAGCUACGCGUUCCUGAUGGAGUCCACCACCAUCGAGUACGAGGUGGAGCGCAACUGCCAGGUGUACAUGGUGGGGGACCUGCUGGACAGCAAGGGCUACGGCAUCGCCAUGAGGAAGAACUCGACGUACCGGCAGGCGCUGAACCUGGCGCUGCUGCGGCUGCAGGAGCGCGGGGAGCUGCGCGAGAUGAAGCACACCUGGUGGGAGAAGAUGCACGGCGGCGGCGCCUGCAAGCCCGUGGAGAACUUCGAGAGUUCUAAGCUGGGGAUGAGCAACUUCCUGGGGCUGUUCCUGGUGCUGGUGGUGGGGUGCGCGCUGGGCGUGGUGCUGUCGUGCUGCGACCUGGCGUGGCACGCGUGGCGGCACCCGCGCGACGCCGCGCGCUCCUUCCGCCGGAACUUCGCGCACGAGCUGCGCUUCGUGUUCAUGUUCGACCAGUCGGCCAAGCCGCUGCAGGGUCCGCUGAUCGAGUCGAAGAGCUCAUCCGCGCAGAGCUCCCCGCGCGAGUCGGAGACGGCGGGCGCGGAGGAGGCGGCGCCGGAGCUGGAGGAGGCGGCGGACGAGGCGGCGGAGGAGGCGGCGCGCUGCGGCUCGGCCGGGUCGGCGCCGCGCCGCCGCCGCCGCUCCUCCAUGCACACGGCCAGCGUGCGCCUCGCGCGCCUCGCCAACGCGCCCCGGGACUGACACCGCAGGAAGCGCCUCGAGCGAGCGCCGCUCACGUCACCCGCCAUUUACACAUAACAUGGCAUCAAUGAGUUUCAUUUAAUUAGGUGCCUAUGAAUAAUUUAGUUCAGGAAAAACUAAAUAACAAGUAGGUAAGGACUUGAAUUUAAUGUUGUAACAUAACACCAUCACUCCUGUAGUCUCGAUGGGGUAGGCAGAUGUGUAUUAUUCCUUAUCGCAGCUAUACUUAUUUUGUUUAGUAUAUUUUUUGUUUUAUUUUAUAAAUAUUUUAAGUAUUACUAAUUUUGGUCUAGGAAUAAAUAACUAAUAGCAAAGUAAAGCAAAUGAUGCACAGUUAACCUAGAUUAUGAUUACAAAACGCAGGAUCCAUUGAUCGUGUAAUGUUCUCACCAGAUGAUACAUUCUAGUCACCUGCUUUAAACAACAUUGUCGCCAAUAGGUAAGCAUUUAAUAAAGAUAGUUCAAUCAUA